AUGCCCCCGGGUGAAGAGAGAGGCAGCGCAACCGUGGGCGUAUACGGCAAAAAGAUUUACCUCGCAGGGGGCAUGCGAACUUUGGAACCGAUCGGAGAGGCAGGGGAGCAAGAUACCGUUGAUACCGUCACCGCUUUCGACACAGAGAGUCUAUCCUGGUACACCUUGCCAUCAACCGCGCAAAAUCUUCCUGAAGGUAGAGAUCAUGCCGGAGGUUCUGUUGUCGGCAGCAAAUUCUACGUCAUUGGUGGCCGCGAAAGAGGCCAGCGCAAUGUCAAGGACACAGUCUUCAUGCUUGAUCUGGAUAACCUUGAAGGUGGCUGGACUACGAAGGACAGGAGAAUGCCCACAGCCCGCGGCGGCGUUGUGACUGGCGCCGUCAACGGCAAGGUAUACGUCUUUGGCGGCGAAGGAAAUCCUGCUGCGGGAACGAAUGGAAUAUUCAAUGAGACUGAGGUUUUUGACGCAAAGACAGAGAGCUGGAAGCGGCUCGCACCGAUGCCCCUUCCCCGACAUGGGGGCUCAGCUGUCGCGAUUGGCGGUGGAAUUUAUUUACCCGGGGGCGGAUUGCGGGAAGGAGGAAGCCCUGAUAGUACCUUGGACGCGUACCGGCCAAAGAAGUGA